AAUAGUUUGUGCUCAUCCCGCCGAGCGUGCAGAAGUCUUUCAGCAAUAGAAUCGCGUUUUCAAUAUGAAACUGUUUCUUCUACUCCUUCUGGGAGCCUUGGGCUAUUCGUUGGCCUAUCCGCGCACCUAUAGUUACGAGUAUCCCCGCCGAAGGGCCUACUCCACAUCGUAUUCCGGGAAUUCGUAUAGCUCUUUGGCCGGUCGGAAGGCUAGGGAAGAAAGUACCACCAGCAAAUCGGACAAGGAGAAUGCCAAGUUUGCUGGUGCUUCCAAUCAGGAAUUGGAUGAAACCGGUGACGAACGCACACUGCUGCUUAAAAAGAAGCUCAAGAGGUUGGCCAGGCCCUACCUAGGAGGAUAUGGUGGAUAUGGCGGAUAUGGUGGAUAUGGCGGAUAUGGAGGAUACGGCGGUGGUCCCUGCUCCCCGUUUGGUCGCGAUGCUCGAGGUGGUCAGAAUCAGAAGGAUCCCGCUGAACAGGGUCGCUUUCUGUUCGACGUGAAUGUGGUGAAAGUAUAUCCCGGUGGAUGUCGCGGCUAUGGAGGAGGUGGUUUGGGUGGAGGUCUUCUGUCUGAUCCUCUUCCACCUGUACAACCCAUUCCAGUGCCAGUGCGUCCGUACGCACCAUUUGCCACCUGGCUAUCGCUCUUUGCUCCAGGAAUUCUUAACUCGGCCGUGGUGCCUGGUGUUCCAGUCAGAGAUCCUCUAAGAGAUCCAGUUCGUCCUGCUGGAGAUGCGCAGAGCGAUCCUGAAGUGGAUCCCAACUAUGCGGCACCUCCGCCAGUAAGGCGACCUGUUCCGAAUCGUGUGUACUACGAUUCUGCGGGAGCGCCUCCUGUGACACCUGCUCAACUAGUUGGAGGCGUGGCCACCACAGUAAACGGAAUCAUUCAGCAGUUGACUGGACAAGUGCAGCCAGUUUACCAAACGGGAGGCUAUCGGUCAAGGGAUCAACGAAGCAGCUACGGAUAAGUUACUAUAUAUCGAAUUUGUAUGUAAAUUUGUAAAUAGUUUUAAGUAAUAAUAGUAGCGAUUUUAUGUACGAAAUACGUUUACAAUUAUUUAACGAAGAUUCCUCCCUCAAAUAAAAGAACGAAAGUGUUUG